CUGUCUCUAUUACAGUCUGUAUCACAUGGUCUCUGCACCAGGGUCUCGCAGAUUUAGAGAGGUCUCUGCAGCAGUCUCAUUUUCUCUCCUCUGUUACUGGGUCCGAGGGAGGCUGUCUUACAUCGGGUGUAUUGUUAUCAGCUAUCUCAUGCACACCUGAAGCUGUCUCUCUGCAGCUUGAGGUAUUUGUGCAGACAUUUCGUAUAUCAGGAGCUGUCUCUGCAGAGGUCUGUCUCAAACGUCUGGAGUUAUACGGAAAUCAUCCAACUCUAUGAUUCGUGUGAUGAGGUGCAGCUUUCCAUUCACAUUUAUACAUGGAAAACACUGAGAUACGAGUGGCUUUAAAGCCUGGCGUGACUUUUCUCCUUUGACCACAGCGUGUUACAGUGAAGUCUCCAAACGCCCAAUGCCUACCCUCCAUCUGUGCCCUCUUCUUUCUCUACUCCUGUGGGGUUGUUCACCUUCUACUCCUCUUGUUGGGGAGAUGUUUCCUGGGCUUGGUGGGAAUACCGCAUCCCCAGCCAGCCCUCCUCAGGGACCUGGCCCACCCCUGCGGUCCAAGCGUAGCUGGGUCUGGAACCAGUUCUUCGUGAUAGAAGAGUAUGCAGGACCAGAGCCAGUCCUAAUAGGGAGGUUGCACACAGAUGUAGACCGUGGGGAGGGAAGAGCAAAGUAUCUACUGACUGGAGAAGGGGCUGGCUCCGUGUUUGUCAUUGAUGAAAAGACAGGAAAUAUACAUGUCACUAAAUCCUUGGACCGUGAGGAGAAAGCAGAAUAUGUGCUACUAGCUCAGGCUGUGGACAAGUUGACCCUUCGACCUCUGGAACCCCCAUCCCAAUUCAUCAUCAAAGUACAAGAUAUUAAUGACAACCCUCCUGUUUUUCUACACCCUCCCUACAGGGCCACCGUGCCAGAGAUGUCCAAUGUAGGAACAUCCGUGAUCCAGGUGACCGCCAGUGACGCCGAUGACCCUACCUAUGGAAACAGUGCUCGACUGGUGUACACUGUGCUGGAAGGGCAGCCUUACUUCUCAGUGGAUCCUCAAACAGGUGUGAUUCGUACAGCAAUCCCAAACAUGGACCGGGAGACCCAGGAUGAGUUCUUGGUUGUCAUCCAAGCCAAGGAUAUGGGAGGACAUGUAGGAGGGCUUUCAGGAUCCACUACAGUGACUGUAACACUGACAGAUGUCAAUGACAACCCACCCAAGUUCCCUCAGAGUUUGUACCAAUUCACUGUUCUGGAGGAUACUUCUCCGGGCUCUGUUAUUGGCCGGCUACGGGCACAUGAUCCAGAUAUUGGCGAGAACGCAGUAAUGUCAUACAGUAUCAUGGAUGGCGAUGCUGGUGAUACAUUUACUGUCAUGGCAGACUCUGUGGGGCAAGAUGGCAUUUUAAGGGUCCGAAAGCCACUGGAUUUUGAGUCCCGACGCUCCUAUACAUUCCGUGUAGAAGUGAUGAACACGGUGAUUGACCCGCAAUAUAUCCGCCGAGGCCCAUUCAAGGAUGUCACCACAGUAAGAGUGACUGUUGGAGAUGUGAAUGAACCCCCUAUGUUCUCUCAGAACCACUUUACCUUUAGUGUGCUGGAGAACCUGCCUCCGGGGAUACUUGUGGGGGUGGUACAAGCUCGUGACCCUGACAUACGCAGUAGCUCUAUCAGUUAUUCCAUCGACCCACUUUCGGACCCAGAGCUCCUCUUUUCUAUUCACCCUGUGGAUGGGACUCUGAGAACAAGCAUAUCCUUGGACCGCGAGGCAAAGGAGGAGCACCGUAUCACUGUCAGGGCCAUUGAGACUGAUAGCCCUUCUCAGAUGUCUCAAGCUGAAGUCGUGAUUCAGGUGCUAGAUGUGAAUGACAAUCCACCAACUCUGGCUGAAUUGUAUAAACCACAUGUGUGUGACAAUGCACAGCCUGGGCAGGUCAUCCAGACAGUCAGAGUGAAAGAUGCAGACAGCGAGAGUGGUCUUUUCUCUUUUCAGAGCCCUGGGGCUUUUUCUGAUGGAAAUUUCACCCUUAGGGAUAACAAAGAUGGCAGUGCAUCUCUCCUGGUUAGACAAAGUGGUUUCUGGAGAUCCCAGAGAGAUGUCUUCUUGGUGCCGAUAGAGAUUAAGGAUGGAGGAGAUCCACCUCUUACUAGCACGGACACAUUAACAGUCUCUCUGUGUCACUGUGAGACAGGUGGGGCAGUCCUGACUUGUCAUAUGACUACAGGAUCGGCAGCUGGACUCAGCACUCCCGCUCUCCUGGCCAUCCUGGCUUGUGCACUGAGUCUUUUGGCCUUGGUGUCUCUUUUCUCUUUACAGCGCAGGCACAAGCCUUCUCCCCUCUCCCUUUGUGAAGAUGAGGAUGUGAGAGAGAAUAUUAUAACCUAUGACGAUGAGGGUGGGGGAGAACAGGACACACAGGCUUUUGACAUGUCUGCUUUGCAGCCUCCACAGACAGGCCUCACAGGGGGGUUCUUUCACCCACCUCGAAUGGAUGUUCUCCCUCGGGUUCCCCACCAGCCGGUACCUCGAUCUCCCCAACCUGUCCCAGUUGAUGUGCAGCGAUUCCUGGCAUUUCGCAUUCGAGAGGCAGAAAGAGACCCUACUGCCCCCCCUUAUGAUUCCAUCCAGGUGUAUGGGUUUGAGGGAGGGGGCUCUUCUGCUGGGUCACUUAGCUCACUGACCAGCAGUUCUGGGGGAGCAGGAGAUGAAGAAACCGUAGCAGAGGAUAUGUGGGAGUGGGGCCCCCACUUCAAAACACUGGCUGAAAUUUAUGGAGUGAGUGGAAGAAACACCCCAGAGGAAAAUGAGAAUUAAUCCCAACUAUGCCAGACAU